CCGGGCAGCUCUGCCUAGUAAACUUGGGGUCAAAUAUCUAUGUUAAGCUGCAUGUUUGUCUAUUAAACAAUGAUUAGGUGGAUAGAUUGGGAUUGAUAAAAGACUGUAGCUUUAGCACAAUCCUUCUAGGAGACAACAUAAGCUUCAAAAUUCAUCUGGUGUUGGAUUCCUCUUGCUAGGAAAUAACAAAUACACAGGAUACACCUUUUGUAUAUAAAUGCUCCAGCAGCUGCCAGCAGUAUCUCCUACUUUAUGGAAUCCCUCUACAAAGGGUCUUUGCUUAGGCAUCAUGGAGUUCAGAAGUCCUCAAUUAUCUACUCUAAGUUCAGAAAAUCUUAGGUUGAAGUUUGGGCUUCAGCAGCUUCAGAAAGGCGUACCUCAAAUUUCAAAGACUUUCAUCUGUGCUUACCAGAGACCCAGACAAAAGCAAAAUGUAAAUAAACAAGAAUCAUAUCCACAGAACGUGGAUCUUCCACCCAUACUACCAAAGAAGAAAAAGAAGCCAUAUCCCAUUCCUUUCAGGCUGAUCCAGAAGGCUGCAAGGAGAGACAAAAAACUUGCAGAAAUGGGUAUUGAAAAGCCUCUUGAACCUCCAAAAAACGGAUUACUGGUAUCUGAUCUUAUUCCUGUAGCAUAUGAGGUGCUGGAUGCUUGGAAAGUUUUGAUAAAAGGAGUUACACAGCUCUCACAUGUCAUUCCUGUAUAUUCUUGCAGUGAGUGCUCGGAAGUUCAUGUGGCCCAUACAGGCCACUGCAUCCAGGACUGUCUCGGUCAAACUAGUGCAAAGCGCCAUAGUUUCCACUCAUGGAUCAAGGGUUCAAUCGAUGAUGUUCUUGUCCCUGUUGAGUCAUAUCAUCUAUAUGACCCCUUUGGCCGGCGCAUUAAGCAUGAAACUCGGUUUGACUACGACAGAAUUCCAGCUGUUGUUGAACUCUGCAUCCAGGCUGGUGUAGAUAAACCAGAGUAUCCUUCUCGCCGAAGAACAAAUCCUGUCAGAAUGAUUGGAAAGAAAGUGAUAGACAGAGGUGGAUAUGUUGAGGAGCCAACACCAUGGCGUUCCGGAAAUCCAACUGCCCCUAUUGAUUUUGAUACUUAUAGGGCUUGUGAGCGAUUUUCACCUCCUUCAUUGGAAUAUGUACCUAGGAUUGCACAGGAGACAAUUGAUGCAUUUGAAAUUGUUAGAUCGGGUGUGAGGAAGUUAAUGAGGAAAUACACUGUCAAGGCAUGUGGGUAUUGCUCAGAGGUUCAUGUGGGACCUUGGGGUCACAAUGUUAAGCUUUGUGGGGAAUUCAAGCACCAGUGGAGGGAUGGAAAACAUGGUUGGCAGGAUGCUACUCUUGAGGAAGUUUUCCCACCUAAAUAUGUGUGGCAUGUUAGAGAUCCCAAAGGGCCUCCUUUGAAGGGUGCACUCAAAAAGUUUUAUGGCAAGGCUCCAGCUGUGGUUGAAAUGUGCAUGCAGGCUGGAGCAGAGAUUCCUGAAAAGUACAAGCCUAUGAUGAGGCUUGAUAUUAUGAUACCUGAAACUGAUGAAGCAAAGUUAGUUGCAUGAUAGGAUCAGUAAAGAUGGUAGAUUCAUGACCUCUCGAGCAAAAUGAUGAGAUGCUUGUGUACUAAUUUGAAGACAAGUCAUUUCUACUAUAAUGAUGAGGAAUACAAUUAGAAUUCUACAUUUUAA